CCUGCUGAGUUUGUGCCUUUGUGGAUCAGAUUCCCUGCGUACUGAAUCGCACUUAUACACACCCAAGUGACUAGUUCUGCAUUGGCCCAGCGAAGUGAAGUGGCAAUUUCCUCUCAGUUUCCUCUAAUCGGCAGUUUCUGCAUUUCGAAUCUGUUCAAGUGGAGACUUUAUGAUUGUGCGUUGGUGAAGAUUCUGAUCAUUUAACCUUUGGGGAAUUUCUAAGUUGUGAACCCCAGAGAGAAACUUAACUUAUGGAUCGCCUCAAUGAUUCUCCCAACCUCAUGAUAGUUUCUGAUCUCGAUUGCACUAUGGUAGACCAUGAUGAUCCUGGAAACUUGGCUCUUCUUAGGUUUAACGCACUAUGGGAAGCCUAUUAUCGGCGCAAUUCUCUUCUAGUUUUCUCCACCGGUAGAUCACCUACAAGUUACAGAAGGUUAAGAAAGAAGAGACCAUUAUUGACCCCUGAUAUAACAAUCAUGUCUGUGGGUACUGAGAUUGCUUAUGGUGAAUCCAUGGUGCCAGAUGAUGAUUGGAAACAAUAUCUGGAUAAUAAUUGGGACAGAAAAGCCAUUACAGAAGAAACGGCCAAGUUUCCUGAACUAAUUCCCCAGCCAGAAACAGAGCAUCGACCGCACAAAGUUAGCUUUUAUGUUGAAAAGGGAAAGGCCUCAGAAGUCAUUCUUGCUCUCUCCAAAUGUCUAGAAAAACGAAGGUUAGAUGUGAAAAUAAUUUAUAGCAGUGGCACUGCUCUGGACCUAUUGCCCCAAGGUGCUGGCAAAGGACAGGCCCUUGCCUACAUACUUGAAAAAUUCAAAGCUGAUGGAAGAGGACCAAUCAACACUCUUGUCUGUGGAGACUCAGGAAAUGAUGCCGAACUUUUCAGUGUACCUGAGGUCUAUGGUGUCAUGGUCAGUAAUUCUCAGGAGGAAUUGCUUCAGUGGUAUGCAAACAAUGCAAAGGGAAAUCCAAAAAUAAUUCACGCAACUGAGAGAUGUUCGGCGGGCAUUAUACAAGCCAUUGGUAACUUUUCAGUAGGUCCAAAUUUGUCUCCAAGAGAUAUUGUUGGGGAGACAGUUGGAAAUUUUUUUAGUCGUGAGCACGAAGUAGUGAAGUUUUACAUAUUUUACGAGAGAUGGCGGCGUGGAGAAAUUGAGAAUUCUGAGCAGAAUGUGCAAACUUUAAAAUCGACCUUUCAUCAUGCAGGAAGUUUUGUCCAUCCAUCAGGAGUUGAAAAAAAUAGGCUCCAAAUCUUAGAUGCCUUUGAAAAGUUUUAUGGGGACAAGCAAGGAAUAAGCUUUCAAGUUUGGGUGGAUCGUGUAAAUUUUGCAGAGAUUAGUUUGGGAUCAUGGCAGGUCAAAUUUGACAAGUGGGAAUUAUCUGGGAAAGGAUUGCAAGGUUGUUCAACAAAGGUUUUGAUGAAUUCAAAGGUUGAUUCACCUGAUGAGUUUAUAUGGAUGCACUUACAUCAGACUUGGUUGGAUGGUUCAGGACAAAACGACGAUGAUAAGAUCUGGUUUAUUUAGGUCAACAUUUAAGAUUUAACUUCUUAAUAUUCUGCAUAGAUUAUUCGGAGAAUGACAGUCGGGGACCUAUCCAAAACAUUAACGUGACCUUAAAAUUCAGAAAUGACGGGGAAAGACCAAUGGCCCUUUGGGAAUUAAGAAAAAUAAACAGAUGGGCAAAACUGCCCCUGUCUUGAAACUGUACAUCAAGGAAAUAUGUCACAGACUUGCCACCCCAUUACUGGCCUGUUGUCAACAACAGGGUGUUCACAUGAUCGGUUUAAUUCAGUUUUGGACAAAAAUCAGAUCAACGGUUCAUCUAACCACGACACCUUUAUGAUUUUUUGGAUAAUUGGUUUGGUUUGGAUU